CAUUUUGCAUUCAGUCAGUGACGGAUCGGACGCAAUGAACGCAGUUCGCUCGAUCAAGAUUUCGAAAAUUCGUAAGAUAUUUUCACUUUUCAGUGGAAAAGUGUAGAUCAACCCAAAGCUCAGGUUUUGCUUCACUGUUCUGUGUUACUUUUUUGUUCGGUAGCGCGAUUUUGACGAAACAAACGCAAUUUCUCAAGUUGAGACCUUUCUGACGUUUGCUGUCAGAUUCAUCCGUUCUCCGGAUAAUUUUGACAUUGCUUUGCAUGUGCAGUUACGAGGGAACUUUGAGAGUUAUUUUGAAGAUUGAGAGAUGGAGAGUCAUCAGCACCAUUUAAGCCGCGAUACAAACCUGCUGAAGCAACUGGAAAUAAAACAGAGACAACUGGAAGAAAAAGCUUCGAUCUCAAAAAAAGAGAAUCAGUCCCGCAAAUUCAAGGCCCAUCCAAACUUGUUUCACUCGGACUCAGAUACUACCACCAAUUGCACUCCCAGAAUUCGUCCAAAGUUCUCCUCAAGCACUUCGCAUGUUGCCGUCGGCAGAACUCCCAUGUAUUCGGGCUUCCAGGAAACUAAACAACGAGCUCAAAACUUCCAUAAACUUCUUCAUGAGAAGCUAUCGGUCAUCGACAGCAAUACUACGGACAAAAGUGACUUAAGUGGAAUGGGAGACAGCUACAGGGUGUCCCAACGACGAAUCGGCGAUCGGUUUCAAAGCAAACGAGGAGGCAACGGGAGCGAUUCAAGCACUGGCAGCUCUUCAGUUGACUCUGAAGUGGCAUAUUCCGCUUGUCGAUGCAGGAGCGUCGAGAUCGGACGAAAGCCCAGCCUGGAGAAUAGCAGAACAGCUCGCAAUAAAUCAGCAACCAGAAAGAUUGCCAGCGAGACUGAAAGGCGCAGUCGAUUAUCGUCGCAGCAAAGUUUCUUCCCCAAGGGUAUACCUGUAUCAGUUUUUGAAAGAAAAUUUAAAGCCGUGGUCACAAAGAGUUUAAAAUGCAUAGCUGAAAUGCGAACCACAAUCGCUAAAGGCAUUGAACCUCCCGAUGGCGAAGAGGACGAAUCGAGAAGGACUAUUAGAGACAAAGAGUUUUCCAAUAGGUUUUCCCGGAAUUACUUGUAUCCUCUAGCGAGACAGCUGAAGGACUUGGGAGCUCUAAACCAAUUGAAUCCGCUCCUUAUGAAUCAAAAGCUCUUUUCAACUUACCAAAUCGUCUUCAACGCGUUGCAAGCAUUGCAAAACCACCUGCCGACUUCACUUGGAGAUUCCACUUACCAUCAACUAAAAAGCUUGAUGAAUGAUAUUGUUAAAGUGUGCGAACAUCAUAGGAGCCAACUAAGUGAAGACCAUGAAAAUUAUUGCUUGGAAUUUAUUGAUACGUUCAAAAUUAAUGCCGAACUUACCAUUCAAAAAGUAGAUGAGUCCGUAACAGUGCCUCGGUCAGUAUCUACCGAUACUGCGUUAAAAUCGGAACAAUCAAGAAUCAGUCUCACCCAGUAUGCUGGUAAAAGUGAAGGACAGUCCAGAAAUUUAACUGACAAAAGAAGCAAAAAAAUCAAGUUGAACAAGAGACUUUCCAUGUAUGGGGCGAACGCCACAUUUCGGAAAGAUGCACCGUGGAAAAGAACCGUUCAAAGCUUGGCAAAAGAGAAAAUUAACGUCAAGUCCAAGUACAGAACAGCAACUUAUAAGCAUCGGCCGCCGAUUCACAAAGAUCCCAAAAUCAUCGUAAUUCCUAAACUGAAGCACUUGACUCCGCUGAAGCUUUCAACAGGACUCAAAUCGACGCAUGUGGACUUGGGCAUGCAGGACGAAUGCAUCAAAACGAUGGUGGAAAUUGAAGAUAAUCACGUAGAAAAAGAGGAGUGGGAAAAUAUGGAAAAGAACAUGAAUGCAAGCGACUCAGAGACUGGCUGUAAUAAGGAAGAACUCCUGCUGCGUCUACUUCAGCUCUCGUUAAACCCCCACAACGAAAACCCCGAUGUAGAUAACAGUAAAUAUCAUCAAAUAGCCGAAAUGUUGCAACUGAUAAAAAGCGAUCAGAAUAGUGAACAGUUUCUGAAGAAGAUUUUCGUCGAACUGGCCGAGAAAAACGGCGAAGUGAAUGAGAGGAAUAUUGAGAAUCCUCAACUCACUUUGGAGAUUGUGAAGAGUCACUAUAGCUUAUCUGAUGGCACACGCAUUAAUCCAGAAACUCCCCGGAGGAAAGAGCCAAAAGUAACAAUAACAGGCGACAAGAAUGCGCGCCUCAUUUGUAUAACUGAUGACAAUUCGGGCGAAGAGCAGCCCGAAGACAAAGAAUUUAUUGAUAACAAAGUGUGUCAAACCGAGUUCGACGAAACUGUUAAAACCAUUUUGAAAACGUCCUCCGAAACGCAAACUGAUAUCAAAGACAGUAUUAAUAAGACUUCAAAAGGCACCCAGAAAUCGAAAAUUGCUGCAAACAUAAAGAUCAGUCGAUUGAAGAAAAGUGAAAAACAUCUACCAUCUUUUGACAAAAAGCAAGCUUUGAAUGCCAUUCAAUAUAAGCUCGAUUUCUAUCGGUUCUGUAAAAGCAACCCCAUGUACAAACGAUCUACCACUUGCGAGCCAUGGAUAUUGAUGAGCAGGAUGUCUGAAGGCCUAUUAAAUGAAUGCCUGCUAACGGUAGCAAGAGAAAUUGAAAUUAAUGACAUUGUAGAAAAUGUCUUCCAGUCGGAAUUGCAACUGUAAUACUCCAACCUGUUUUUAUACAAAUAAACUAUUUUUAUCCAA